UCCCCCACCCCAACUCAGUAAAGUUCUGCAAGUGGCUGUCUCCAUCACUCUCAAGCUUUUUCAGACCAGAACUUAACUACUUAAAGUCCUUCAAAACACACAUUUCAGAAGCCUAACUUCGUAGGAAUACAGACAUGGGUGUAUUGGCUGCCAAUGGGGCUUCCAAUGUCGAAGAGCAAAGCAACAUUGAGAACAGCAGCAGAGCUCAGAGGGCUCAAUGGGUUUUGAAUGCUCCUAACCCACCCAGUCUAUGGCGUGAGUUUGUGGAAUCGAUUAAGGACUACUUUUCCAUUAAUCAUGGAAGCAAGCUCUCCUCUGGAAAACAGAAGCAAAGAUGGAGAAUUGCUAUCUGGGUCUUGAGGGCUCUGUUUCCAGUCCUGGAUUGGGGUCGAAAUUACAAGCCCUCCAAGUUUAAAAGCGAUUUAAUGGCUGGCCUUACUCUGGCAAGUCUCAGCAUCCCACAGAGCAUUGGAUAUGCUAAUUUAGCAAAGCUUGAUCCUCAAUAUGGGCUAUAUACUAGUGUUGUUCCACCUAUGAUUUAUGCUUUGAUGGGGAGCUCAAGAGAGAUAGCCAUUGGACCUGUGGCUGUUGUCUCGUUACUGUUAUCUUCCAUGGUACAGAAAAUAGCGGAUCCUGUGAGUGACCCCAUUGGUUACAGAAAGCUCAUCUUUACUGCAACUUUCUUUGCUGGUACAUUUCAAGCUGUUUUUGGGUUCUUCAGGUUGGGAUUUCUUGUGGAUUUCCUUUCACAUGCAGCCAUUGUUGGGUUCAUGGGAGGUGCAGCAAUUGUAAUAUCUCUGCAACAAAUGAAGGGACUACUUGGGAUCAGUCACUUCACUGAUAAAACAGAUGUGAUCUCUGUCAUUGAGGUUGUUUGGAGAUCAUUUCAUGCUUCAUGGAACCCUCUGAACUUUGUAAUUGGAUGUUCUUUCUUGAUUUUCAUCCUGAUACUCAGAUUCUUGGGAAGAAGGAACAGGAGAUUCUUCUGGUUACCAGCAAUUGCUCCUCUCAUAUCUGUCAUCUUAUCAACUCUCAUAGUGUUCUUGACAAGAGCAGAUAACCAUGGAGUUAAUAUACUAAAGCACAUCAAAAGAGGCUUGAAUCCCAGUUCAGCAGGGAAGCUACAGCUAAAAGGCCCAUUUGUGGGAGAAGCUGCAAAGAUUGGAUUGAUUUCUGCCAUUAUUGCUCUCACGGAAGCAAUGGCUGUUGGGAGAUCAUUUGCAUCCAUAAGAGGGUAUCACCUUGAUGGGAACAAGGAAAUGGUGGCCAUGGGGAUGAUGAACAUUGCAGGAUCUUUAACUUCUUGUUAUGUAGCAACAGGUUCCUUCUCCCGGACGGCCGUCAAUUUCAGCGCCGGAUGUCAAACUGUGGUGUCGAAUAUCGUGAUGGCGGUGACUGUGCUCUUAUCAUUAGAACUGUUUACUAGACUCUUAUAUUUCACUCCCACUGCCAUCCUUGCUUCUGUAAUCUUGUCUGCACUGCCGGGCCUAAUUGACAUCAGAGAAGCUUAUAAUAUAUGGAAAGUGGACAAAAUGGACUUCCUUGCUUGCAUUGGAGCUUUCUUUGGGGUGGUGUUCGCAUCAGUUGAGAUUGGUCUUCUAACUGCGGUAACCAUCUCCUUCGCGAAGAUCCUACUGAAUGCCAUUAGACCACACACAGAAGUCCUUGGGAGGCUCCCUGGCUCUGAUAUUUUCUGUAGCAUUACUCAAUACCCAAUUGCUGUUAAGAUUCCUGGUGCCCUCACAAUCCGGAUACACUCUACCUUCCUUUGUUUUGCCAACUCCAAUUUCGUAAGAGAAAGGAUAAUGAGGUGGGUGACAGAUGAACAUGAAGUGAAGGAAACAAAAGGGAGCAUUCAAGUAGUAAUCCUUGACAUAUCUGAUGUGAUGAACAUUGAUACAUCAGGGAUUCAAUCUUUAGAAGAACUGCAAAAGAAGUUGGUUUAUCAUGGUAUAGAGUUAGCCUUAGCCAACCCUUGUUCGCAAGUGAUACACAAAUUAAAAUUAGCUCAGUUUGUGGAGAAGAUUGAAGGAAGAGUCUUUCUUACGAUGGGUGAAGCUGUUGAUGGCACAUGUAGUGGAUCUACAAUGGUUGACCUCUAAGAGUGAACUAGCUAAGGGACGAAGUGAUGGAAUUUGAUACUAAAAUCAUAUGAUGCGUACCAAAUAAGACAAAGAGUAACUAUGAUCAGUAUGAUAUUGAAUUUUUAGUUAUGAUGUGUGAUACCAUUUUCUGUAUGAUGGAGAGAGAAUUCCUCUAUGACAUGAAGAAGACCAUUCUCUACAUGUAUGAUGGAGAGAGAAUUCCUCUAGUUAUAUAGUCUUUAGUAUAACCAUUGGUGAUUAGUUAGAGAAAAAUCCUUCUCUUAUUGUGUAUACAUGUAUGUAAUAUCUGGUAAGUAAUAGGAGAAAAUGCACAAUUAACUAGUAUGAUUCUCAUCUAGCUGUACAUGAAAGGGAGAGGAAUAUCAACUAUUUAACAUUUUGGUGGUACACAUAGCACCAACUA